ACCGUUAGACACGGCACCGAUUGCCUUAACUGAACGUCGCAAUGGUUUGCCGUGGAGUCCACCCAAUUGGCGUUCAUAACUAGCCCGCCGGUUGAUCUCUAUAUAAGAUCAAUAAGCUUGACUCUCAAACCACAAAGCAACCAAGAAUUCAUUGUAGCAGCAACCAAAGAAAAGAAGCUCGUUAUACUUCAAGAGUGUCAAGUAUCUAAGAUGGCAGCUGCAAGAGCUCUAGCCACCAUGGCAGUCUUCCUCCUGGUGGCACUCUCCACAUCCCACAUUGCGUCAUCCUUUCGCCCGGGGCUUGGCGUCUGCCAUGCGAGUGGCUACCUCCCAGGAAAAGCAGGUCAUUGUGAGCAGAGCAACGAUCCGGACUGCUGCGAGGACGGUAAGAGGUAUCCACAGUACCACUGUUCACCUCCGGUCACCGCGAGCACGAAGGCUGUCCUAACUCUCAACAGCUUCGAGAAGGGCAAGGAUGGCGGUGGCCCGUCGGAGUGUGACAAUGCCUACCAUAGCGAUGAGGAGAUGGUGGUGGCACUCUCCACUGGUUGGUUCAAGAAGAAGGGCCGUUGUGGGCACCGCAUCAAGGUCACCGCGAAUGGUAAAUCUGUGUAUGCCAAGGUGGUGGAUGAGUGUGACUCCGUGUAUGGCUGUGAUGAUGAGCACAACUACGAACCACCAUGCGCCAACAACAUCGUUGAUGCCUCGCCGGCAGUGUGGAACGCCCUGGGGCUUGACCAGAACGUCGGCAUGGAGGGUAUCACAUGGUCUGACAGCGACAACUGAUCAACAUACCGUUAAUAUCACCAUCCCUGUUCAUGUCUACAUUACAUUGAGAGCCGUCUCUACCAUGUAUAUAUAUUGCAUCAUAUAUUCAUUCAUGGCUUGAU